CAAAUGGUUCAAAUCCUAAAUUGUUUAAAAAAAAAAAAGUAGAGGGUUUCUAUGAGUAACAUUUAUUAUGAAAUACAAACUGCCUGCGAUCCCAGUCGGAAAUGCAACAGAAUUUAUUUUAGCUUGAAAUGUCAACAUCCAAACCGGUAGGUGGCAGCAUCCAAAUUAGUCCAGGUGGGAACGCUUGGUGCUACCGGAAAAACAACGUUAGCUUCAAAGCCUACUAAUAUUUGCUCCGUGUGUUUAUGGCAGAGCUUUAAAAAUAAAUUAUAUUUUAAGCUACCCUGGUAAUGUGAAGGAUUAUUAAGUAAUCGCCGUUUUGUGUUGGUUCAAAACGUAAGUCGGAAAACGGUUUGUGGCUAAUUUACGUUUAGCUUUAGCUAAAUAUACGAUGGCGAGUUCAGGCUUCAGCUCCGUCGUCGAUUUAUUGUUACACUUUCUAGCACAGAAUUAACCAUGUUGUUACCAAUAAACUCGCCCUGUUUAAGUAAGGUGACUGUUGAGGCUGCAGUGAACGUUUAACGAGGGGAAUAUGUAGUUUGUCGCGUAUAAUGGCUGCUUUAGGAUUUAUUCCCGCUAGCGACCAGGAUGUGUUUAGUUCCAGAUCGGAACAAACCCCCUCCGACAUAAGCUCCAAAUUAAGCGGAGAAGAAGUCAGGAGGUUCUACGAAGACUUAAUAAAAGAUGAGAAAACCCAAAAGCACCAGUCAAGGAGCGCAGACAAGAACCAUCAUGACUGGCGGUCUGAUAGAAGAACGAGGAGAAGAUUCGCAGCUGAACGAGUGCAGCGGGCUCACACCGAGUCUCUAGUCCAAAGAGAGGCGAGAGGUGGAAGAGAAGACAACCAAGGAGAGCCGAUCAGCUCAGAGAGAGCCCAGGAGCUGCGGGGACUCAGGUUGCUGCGCUGCGCUCAUGAGGGGGACAUUCCAGGCCUUAAGGAGCUGAUCUCAAAAAGAGUUGACAUAAACUUUCAGGACCUAUAUCUCUGGACAGCUGUGAUGUGUGCCAGCUGGUCAGGACAAAAAGCUGCAGUGAGGCUAUUACUGAGUCAGGGUGCAGCCUGGGUCGGGGUGGUUGAUACCAGGGGCAGGGAUGCCCAGGAUCUGGCAUUAGAAGCAGGGCAUUAUGAAGUCCUGGAGGAGUUGUUAAACUAUGGAAGAAGUCCAAAGAGAGAGACGCCGUCUGAUUGCAGUUUGCUCCAGUCUCAGUGGUGCGAUGCAUGUCGUUGUGAGUAUAGAAGCAGCCGCUCGUCGCAUCUUUCCUCUACUCUGCAUCAGUUCAGUGUGCGCCAUCCUCAGCCCAUGCCGUACUACUGCCUCCCCCCGUCCAGCAACAGCUACAAGAUGAUGGUUCGGUGCGGCUGGAAACCAGGGACGGGUCUCGGGCCGGAGGCAGAUGGCCCUAAACAGCCAGUAUCGACCGUGUUAAAGAGGGACCACACAGGUCUUGGAUUUGCACCGAUGAAAAGAGCUAAAGUCACUCACUUCCAAGCUGGGGAUCGUGAUGCUGUGAAACACCAAUGGCAAGACAAAGAGGAGAAGGGGCGGAAAGGACAGAAGAAAGAUGAGAUGAAGAGAAAAGAGCAAAAAGAUAAAAACUGGGAAAGAGAUUUUCGUGCCUCAUUUUAUCAGUAACACCUGAACACACGGUUCUGUUUGUUCUUCUUUUGGACUUUACUAAAAAAUUGAACAGACCAAGUGUAAAGAAGGUCGCAGCAGUGUUUUCUACUGUGCUUGGACUUUUACCUCAGAGUUGGCACACCUGUUUUUGGAUGAACUUUACCUGUGAUUAUAGGUUAUGCAAUGAUGCAGCAACUGUGUCAAAUGUUAUUGUAUUUUAAUGGGUGCCAUGCUUACAUCUGCUUACUAAAACAGUCUCAAAAAGCAACAAUCGAUUGCUAGUAUUUAUUUUAUUAAUUUUCUAACAAUACCAAGAAAAAAUAAAAGAAAAUGCAUUCUUAAAGAAAAUCAA